UAUUGCUGCACACACACACAGAGCCGCCGUCGCCGCCGCCAGCAGAGCACACACUCUGAAUCGAUGAGGCGUCCGACGACGACGACGUCGUCAUCGUCGUCAUACACUCCAUGGUAUCAUCACAUAUUUAUUAUCUUUCUACAGUAUUCCUUGUUUCAUAUAUCACCGACAUUCGGGGCGCGUAACACCGUUACUGAAGGUGGACAGCCGCUGACCGAGCUCCUCAGCUCGCUAGAUCAACCCUACCCAUGUGGGCAUGUAGUUGAAGCAGAGCACUUUCUGUCAACAGCGGUUGCACUGAAAUUUCCUAGGCUUAUUCAACUUGCACACUUUUUUGCGAAUCAUUCAAAAAAUUUUGAUCCGCAGCUUCUUGACAAAUCGUCAUUUCAACAAAUUCCACCAUUCGAUGUUUCGUUUGCAAGAAGAACACACUUUUAUGGGCUACAGCUCAAUUGCACUGGGAAUAACCAUCGAUGGCUCCCACGGCUGGUAUUCGUGUCACACGAUCCAAACAAUUCGAAUAAAAAAGCCUACUUGACAUUGCAAUUGGAUCAAUUUGAUGUUGAUAUGUGUUCUGCGGUGAACUGUCAUACGAAAUGCACCUGGACAGUACACGGAGGACUACGUGUUUCAGCAAAGGCGUGUUGUAAUUCGGAUGACGUCAUUCUGUGCCGAACAGAUGCAGAAAGAGGUCGACAUAUGUUAUUGGCUUUCAACUCAAUAUGUGCACUCAUUUGCAUUGCGUUGAUUCCAAUUGUUUGUUAUCAGAGAAAACGACAACAUGAAGCUCGUGGCUGGGCUCUCAUGGAGCUUUUUCUCAUCGGAGCAUCCAUCCUCUACUCGGUUCUUUUUCUCGAUUUUGUCGCACCGCCCGAGUACGGUUGUUGUGUGGCAGUCUGGUUGAGACAAAUAGGAUUUUCAAUAUUUUAUGGAUCUAUUGUGCUCAAAAUUUAUAGGAACCUCCAAGAAUAUCGAGUUCGAAAAGCUCAACACGUGUCUGUCCGCGAGCAAGAUAUGCUCAAAUACCUUGCAGCCAUGCUUGCACUAACAAUAACUGGCCUGAUGGCCUGGACAGUUGGGUCGUGGGGCGAUACAGCACUAUGGAGAACAGCGUGGCCACAAUGUCUGAUGCAAGGAUGGCAUGUUAUUUGGCACGGGUACGAGUUGCUCUUCCUUCUGUAUGCAGUUAGGCUGUGCUAUAAGGCCAGGAAUAGUGAUUGGCUGGAACGAUGGCAGUUCACUGUAGCUGUGUGCUUGGAAGCUGUUAUCACAUUAAUGGCCAACUUGAUUAGGUAUUCUAUUCGAAAUUCGGGACGAGCUGACACCCUCUUCAUCGUCUCAUUUGUCCAUCUACAGCUUACAGUUUCGGUGAACAUUGUUAUCAUUGUGGCACCUAAAUUCUAUUUGUCAAAUGGAGAGCCAAGUCGUCGAUCGAUGACACUUGGCGGCCACUCGGGACGUGCUCAUCCUUCGCUGGCUAAACUACGUGACAACAUACUAAACGGAACUAUCGACUUUGCGGAAGUUCCGAUCGCUGACAUGAACCCCGAAGACAUUCGGGCAGAGUUGAAGCGCGUCUACACGCAAUUACGCAUGUACAAGUUGAAAAAUUUGUAUCAAGACAACCCGCACAUUUCUAAAAAACGGGGUGGGAAGAAAUGGAGCGAUAAAAACACCAAAGCAACACGACGGAUCUCAAUACCAUCAUGCUCACCGCAGACGAAACGGAUAGAGGAAGACGAGAAAAGUGACCUGACUGUGGAGUCAUCACCUCAUAACAUCUAUCUGAGCAAUUUCAAAGGAGUAAAUGUGAACAGCAUUGAGCAACACAAUUCAGUUCGGGUAUAGAAGCUCACUUAUAUUUGCGCACUUUCCAUUGUUGUUUUCUGUUGAUAAUUCUUCUAAUAACAUAAAUAUAUUAUUUUAUAAAA